AAAAGCGAGAUUAACCAGUAUUUCAGACAUCUCAAAUGUGGAAAUGAGUCAAAUUGACCCAUAACAUAUUAGGAUUGUUAAAAUGUGUUGUGACACAGAGUUGGGGGUUCGAUUUCCGCCGCUGUCCUGUGUGUGCGGAGUUUGUGUGUUCUCCCCGUGCUGCGGGGGUUUCCUCCGGGUACUCCAGUUUCCUCCCCCAGUCCAAAGACAUGCACGGUAGGCUGUUGGCAUGUCCAAAUUGUCCGUAGUGUACGAAUGGGUGUAUGGACGUGUAUGUGAUUGUGUCCUGCGCUGGAUUGGCACCCUGUCCAGAGUGUCCCCCAAUUGUACCCCAUGCUCCCUGGGAUAGGCUCCACGUUCCCCACGACCCUGUAGGAUAAGUGCUAUAGAAAAUGGAUGUAUGUAUUUGAUUAGUAAUACAUUUUUUAAAAAGGGCGUGUCAGUGACGUAGUUCUCAAAGUGUCAAUCAAAGGGAAAGUCCAGUUGAUUGGUGAUCAAUCUAGUAGAUUUUUUAAGUCUUUUUUUUAUUAUUUUUUUUUAACUAAACAUGGAUUCGUUUAAGUUUUCCUUUUGGAGAACUAAUUUUUUUUUUUUUUUUUUUUUUAAAAAGGUUAAAUAAGAGCUAGAUAAAAUAUAAAAAUAAAUAAAUAGAUAAAAUAUCCUACUAAGCAGCAUGACGUGUAACCCAGUCCAAUGUUCGUGUGUAUGAAUGAAAAAGAAAAAGAAAGUAUCCUCUGCGACAGUUGCACGAUUGCAUCAGGACGGAUUUUGUGUAUUGUACACUUCAAUAACAGGCCUGAAAUGUGGAAGAACUCGUCCUCAGGUUGCCAUGAUAAACCGUCACCAUUCCUCCAUGUCGCUAAGGAAGUAUGAGAAGUAUGAAAGAAAAAAAAAAAAAAAAACACAAGUCGCUCGCGCCUGGAACGCAGGCAGGUUGGGACAGGACUCUGCAGUGGGCGUGGCCUAGAGCCAAGAGGGCGUGGCUGUUUGUAUUCACGAGAAACAGUACACAGAGAAAAGCUCGCAGCUCCAGGUAAGCUGGUACAGGGUCACCUGUUAGUCUGUCGCUUUGAACAGCAGGAUUGCGUAUGCGAACUUUUAAAACUCAGUAUCCUUUGAAACUGAUUGAGGAAGUUGAGAAAGAUUGUGUGAGAAAGUGUGUGUGAGAGUGUGAGUGAGAGAAAAGCGUCCAGCACUUAAGGAGGGACCUUACCAUGUGGAGAAGAAGCCUGGAGUCACCUUAAGUCUCUCUCACAGAAUAAGUAGCCAUGCGUCGAUUCAGUUCAGAAGGAUCCCUCCUGGACAUGGACAGCUUUCCCUGGAAGAGCGCACCUCAGAAGGAUGCCCGCUGUGAUGAAGAAGAAGAACCUAUAAGAAGAAGCAUGUAUAAGACCCCGCUGUGCCAGGAUGACCGAGUGGAUCACGGAGCGGCGUCUCUGCCCACCACGCCGACCGCUUUGCAAGACCCCAAGAGCAGAUCGGCGAAGGAUCACGCCAAGGAAAUGAGCUAUAGUAUUGAAGAUCUUAGAGACCUAGACAUACCGUCUGGCCUGCUCAAGGUCACCAAUCUCAACGAAAGCUUCAAAGCGUACAGUGACAGUCAGCUGGCGCCGCACUCCACCAGCAGCGAUGAGAGCGUAGAGAAGGACGACGUUCUGUCCCCGUGUUCGCCGUCUACGUCCACGUUCAACUCCUUCUGCUGUAACUCAGGCUUGGGGACGCACCAGAAUCCGCACCAUGUCCGGUCCAAGCUGUCGUCUGCCAAAUUACAUCUGAAGAGUCUGUUUUGGCAGAGCCCACACACUUCCAAUCCCAGUCUCAGAGGCCCGGAGCCCAGAGAGCAGGAAAGCAGUGCCAAACAGCGGCGAUCCCGCUUCACAAAGCAGUGGAGUCAGGUGGGUCACGCGAAGACCCGGCUCAGCAGGGCGGAGAUGGAGAAAUGGGGCGAGUCGCUCGACGUCAUUUUCAACAGCAGAGUGGCCGUGUCUGUGUUCGGUGCAUUCCUCCGCUCGGAGUUCAGUGAGGAGAACCUGCAGUUCUACAUGGCAUGCGAGCAGUACAGACAGUCGUCCAACACCUUCAGCCUGGGCCGACGCGCCAAGGAGAUCAGUGCCACCUACAUUCAGCCUGGUGCACCUCGUGAGGUAAAUCUGGACAGCAAGACUCGAGAUUUGACGCUGCAGCUACUGAAAGCUCCCUCUCACAACUCCCUGUGCCAUGCUCAGAAACGCAUCCGUGGCCUACUGGAAUUUGACAGUUACCCUCGCUUCCUGCAGUCGAACAUCUACCUCACACUCCUACAGGACGCUCACUAAGAACGCCCGGGGUCAGGGAGGCACCUAGAGGGCAUUUGAUAAACCGACGCACACAGGGAUGCCUGAAAAGGCAGGCACGGGCGGUGCCGAUCGUGCUGAACUCCUAGCUUGAACAUAAUCAAGGAUUAAUAACGAUAGAAUAAGCAAACCUUACUAACUUCUUUCCUGCUCUCAAGUUAAUAUAUUGUUGGAAAUAGUGUAGCGGUUUAAAUUAAUGGGGGGGGGGUGAAUCUCUGACGUCUUCUUUACACUGUAGUACAUUGUUCUCCAACUCACCCAGCAGUCUUAGUCUAGCGAAAGUGCACACUAACUUGUAAUCAUUACCUAAGACGUUAGCUCCCGUCAUGCUUCAGUGAGCAAGAGCAGAACGGCGUGCUUACAGAAAGCGUCAGGCGAGAUUGGCCUCUCAAAGGGUCACAGUCCAGGAAUAUAUUGACAUUUUCCCAGGAAUUCCUUCCUACCUGAUUUAACUAGUGUGUGUGUGUGUGUGUGUGUGUUUGGCAGAAGACCAGUGGUGGUUGUAAAGUGAUCCAAGGUGCCAGGAUUGUGUAUAGAAUUCCUCAUUGUUGUUUAUGUCUCUAUCAGUUUAGAAAUAAAUCAUAUUUUAUAUAGUAUCUGAUCCCUAAACAUAAGUCACAGCAUUUUUUUAAAAUUUUUUUUAUUGUUUCUGAUCCUGCUGCAUUAGUCACGAGAUAUGUUUUUGUUUGUUUUGGUGGGCCUCCGUCGUAACAAGAGCGCCGCUGUCCUGUUUCAUGUCCUCGUCUCCAUUAGCGUCUCACGCGGAACACAAAACAAUCGCUGCAAGUGAGCGUUAAAGAACGAGUUCGAGAGGCUUUCGAAGUUUUCCAAGAGCUGGAAAUGUUAUCGUGUUCGCUGCGUGAGGUGAGAUCCCACCCCGACAUGCUGCGUAGUCUUUUCGGCGUUAAACGUCGAGCUUUAACGAGCCGUGAGAGCUUGCAUUUUCUCGAGUGUAGAACGUGAUGUUAUUUUUAGGAUGUUUCAAGGGAGAACGGGGGAAAUGUUUGACGUCCUACGAAAGCAUAGCAUGUUGAUAUGAUUGUGUCGCAUUUUUGUGUGAAUUUAGGGUCAUGGUGGUACAAAGAAUAAAGUUGCUCCAGUCGAUCCACUUGCGUUUUAGUUUAUUUUGAAAUACAAAAAUCCCUGACUUCACAUAAUACUGCUUAAAUAAUUACAAAAUCGAGGCAUUUACUGCACCGCUACAAAUAUUUGUAAACCUCUAGCUGCCAUGAUUUGAGUUGCUUAAUCUCGUGUGCUUUUAUGGCUUAAAUAUGUGUGUGUAUAUAUUACAUGUCCGGUUCUAGCUUUCUACAGGAAGCUCUUCUUUCUUAUCGCUGUAUUUGUUUU